UCUACCAACGCUAGCUGAUAUCGAUAAUUUCGUGUGACUAAGGUGGCGCGAGACAGCUGAAAAAUAUAAAUAAAAUUCUAUUGUUGAUUGUGAACAUAUAACUCGCUAUGGCCAACCUCAACUCAACUUUCGACUGGGACGCCAUCAACGUGGGCGACUACCAGUUGGAUCACUCCCAAAACUUCUUCGCAGCGGCCAACAAGGAGAACAACAAGCGCUUUAGCAAUGUCUCCGAUCUGGCCUGCCCCACUCCGCAGAAGAUCUCUCGGGAGCAAUUCGAUGGCGAGAUCAAGGUGGUUGUGCCACUCGAUAUUGGGGAACCCAAGGAAGAGAGCCCAGAAAAGCCUGUAGUAAAAAUUGAAACGGAGCCCCAGGAGUCCAAACCGGAGAUCCCUGCAGAUCCCGAUCAAGAGCAGCAGAGCGACACCAAACAGAUUAUUCCCUUGAGCUGGGACGAGGACGAGAAGCACAUGACGGAGGCCGACCAGCAUCUGGUCCAUCAGGGAGUCCGUCCGCCUGGUGUCGGCUCCAAGCUGCGCUUGGAAUGGUCACCCCCACGUCAUGGCGAGCACGAAGACGCUGGAGCAGGCACCAAGCACGCCCCCAAAGCUUACCAGUUCAAGGACGUGUACGAGAGCAAGCGGCAGCAGGCGCUGCGCAGACGCUCCGAGGAGGAGAGCAAGGCCCGCCAGUUCCAUAGCCGCCCCAUGCCCAACUUCAGGGCGAUGCACAAGCGCAUGGGCGAGCUGGUAGUUACCCACACGAUCACCGUUCCCCAGACGCCCGAGACGCUCAAGGACUGGCGGGGGCGGUGCCGGGUCAACCAGGACCAACCGCAUCCUGCUGGCACCCGCCCUAAGCCCUUUAACCUGCGCAGUGAGCAGCGGGUGCGCGACCGCCGUGAAUUCGAUGCCGCCGUGCAGGUCAGCCUGGACCACAAAAAGAAAGAGCAAGACGAAGAACGGAAGCGUUGCGAGCAGGAGGAGAUAAAGGAGAUACGCAAGAUGACCUUGUUCAAGGCGCGUCCCAAUCCAUUUAAAUAGUGCUCGAUGGAACCAGUCGACUACCAAACUUUUGAAUACUUGUCCAAAUUUGAAUGAUGUAAAGUCGCUGCUACACAUAAACAUGUUAAUACCGAUACAUAGUUUUACCAUAUUGACACAAUUAUUGUCUCUAACAUUAUUUUUACAUCUAUGUUCGAUUAAACACCUUUGUUUCCUUUUUUGGCGGAUGAGAAACCACUAAAAUCUUUAGUUUGGAGGAAUUAACUAUAUGGAUAUGUAUACAAUAUGAGCAAUUUGUAAUUGCCAUCAUUAAGUGUUUUCUAUUUGUACAAAGCCGAAAAAAACAAUAAAUAAUACUGUAAAUUGAAAA